GGAAGAUCAGGAUCUACUGGUUCUAGAAGAUGAAGGAUCUUUGCAUGUAGUUCAUCAUGAAGUUGUUCAUGAGUAUUAUCCGGUUCAUCUGUUGAUCGUCACAUCAGCGAUCAAGAAAAGGGAGAUCAAAUCCACGUUGGGAACAAGAUCUUAUCUUUGGUCCUGAUUUUUGAUCCUGAUGAUCCACCAGUAUCUAUUGAUUUUAUUUACAGCAUUCAACUCGAAUGAUCCAAUGGACGACGACACCAUAACUCGAAUGCCUCAAUGUAUGACGUUUAUCAGGUGCCUCUGCUGGGGGUUAGAAGCAUCAUAUUUCCCUGCAGUACAACGCCUAAUUUAAUUACCCCUAAGAAGUGUAGUCCUUGAAGUUAUCCUACAACUUGAUACCAUCAUGCCUCUCCCAUAAUAAUUGUCUACAUCAACUCAUCUCAAAUCAACGACUCGCAUAGUUUAACGCCAAGGAGGAAAAAAUGGCCUCUUCUACUUCCAAGAAGCCUGAAGCUGCUGGACCACUCCUAAGUGCGGUGUGGCAACCAGUGGCAGAGUUGCGAAGCUUCUAUACUGGUGGGAGAGCAGUGUCAUGGGACGACCGCGUCUAUUGUCUUGCAGCUGAAGACCUGCAUGUCUUCGAUCCGGCACAUCUGCGGGUCGUUGCUGGUCGUGAAGAGGAGACACAGCCGUUUCAGCAAGUAGUUAACGAUGUUUCAUCUGCGAGAGACAAAGACAAGGCUGUAAUUCCUUCCCAAAGUCGUGUCCUCAUACCAGAAAACCAUGAUGGCAUCCUCCAAUUCUGCGUGGGAGCGGUGGUCGUGUCGUCUGGCAGUUCAUCCUCGACUUCAGUUUCGGUGCAAGAACUGUUGAGCAUCAAAACGUCUGCGUCUGGCUCUUCGGCAAAUGGACAUGGUCGUCGUCCGUGUCGUGUGAUCACUUCGCACCGUUCGAACCUCCUCAAGUGUCAUGACGGUGAAACCGGAAAAUUGAUCCAUACCUGGCGUGGUCACGCCGACUUGUGCACCGACUUGGACUGUUCUCCACGAGGCGACUUUUUGGCGAGUUGUGGAAUCGACGGCUGUGUCAAGGUCUUUGACUUGGACGGCUUCUUCGCGACACACAGUUUCAGUGGUCACAGUUCUACACCGGUGCUAGUGCGAUGGCCAGAGGCGCAAACGCAAGCAGCCAGAACGAGUCUCCUGUCCGCAGACGAUGAGGGAGAAAUUCGCUUAUGGAGUCUGUUGACAAAAACCUGUUUGUCUGUGGUGAAGCAACAUCUGGCGCAGGUAGCAUACUUAGAUCCUUAUCAAAAAUCUGUAGAGAUACCGAUAGCUGGAGUCGCACUACUUGCACUUGUUCUCCUGCCUAGCAAGAAGCUUUAGUUUUUUCCCUUUUUGCAAUUACAGCCUCAGGAGAAGAUACUUUCACUUGCGCUAAAAAAUGUUCUUGCUUCUUCUCUUUGUUGAAACUGUAUCACCACCUACAAUUAUCACAGGUAACCGAUUUCGCUUUCUUCAACCAUGGAAGCAGGUUCGUGUCUGUCGGUCGUGACAACGUGCUCAACUUCUGGGGCUUUGAUAAGGACAACACAGGCAAAAUCACCCAUCAAAAAACGGUCCCCUGCUACGAGGCGGUUGAGGGAGUGUGCUGUGUUCGAGCACAGCAGAUGAAGCCUACGAAAAAAGCAUCAAUCUGCGCUGAACCAGAUCAAAAGGAAUACCUUGCCACAGUCGGAGAAAAAGGGGAGAUUCGUGUUUGGAACUGUGAAACGCGCACGAAAGUCCUGACAGUGGCUUCUCCGCAUGGAGCUAAAGGAGCUAUGCGAGCGAUCUUUAGUACCAACUCGAACACGGAUGAACACAAGCGAAGGACGACGAAGACAGGAUUUGUGACAGCGGGUGAAGACCAUAACUUGAUCUACUGGGAGUUGAGCAGGGCGCUCAACAAGCAAGAAAAUCCCUUGCAAUUGAAACAGACAGCGCGAUACAUGGGGAACAAUGAGGAAGUUUUGUGUGCGCAGUUCUUGGACUGUUGUAGUGCAGAAGAUAGUGAUGACCACGAGGAAGAAGAAUCUAGAGGCGCGUUGGAAGUCCUAUGCGCAGUCUCUGAUGAGGUGCCGAAGAUUGUUGACGCUCAGUCCUUUCGCGUCGUCCAGGCUUUGAAAGGCCACUCAGAGGUCGUCGUUUCCACCGCAGUCCGCAAAGACGUGAUUGCAACAGGCAGUAAGGACAACACGGUGCGCUUGUGGGACCGCGUCUCCGGACAGUGCCUCGCUUGUCUCAAAGGUCACACGAACUCGGUUCUUGCGAUCUGCUUCCCGAACAAGGCGGAGGACGUUUUGUUCUCUUCCGGAGCCGAUAAAACACUGAAGAUGUGGAAGCUGAGAGAGAAUCCUACUGCUGGGGGAACAGGAUCUUCAGGCGACGCCUCUCUACCCCUACUCGCCUCUGCUGAGGUCACGCGACUGGCACAUGACAAGGACGUCAACGUGUUGGCUUUUGGACCUCGAGGCGACAAGAUGUUAGCUACAGGAGGCCAAGACAAAGCGAUUAAGCUAUGGAGUUAUCCUAACCUUGACUUGCUAGGAGAAAUGACGGGGCAUCGCAGAGGCAUCUGGAGUCUCUGCUUUCACCCGACGGAUAAGGUACAGCUUUGUUUGUCUUAGCUAGUAUAAAGUUGAUGCGCGUGUGCUCUUCCUCUUCUGCGCACCACGAUCUCCUCUUUUUCAUUGGUUAUUCUGCUCUUGUGGUUCGUUCGCUCAAGUGGAUACUUUUUUCAUUCAAAGUCAAAUAGACGUCAUCUUGACCUUCCAAUCUCAGGUGCUCCUUUCCGGUUCCGGUGACGCCACUGUCCGACUUUGGAACCUAGACAAUUUCACAGCGCUGAAAUCCUUCGAGGGUCAUGGAGGUGCGGUGCUUAAUGUGAAGUUCUUAGGAGCUUUCGGCAUGCAGGCGAUGUCUACCGGUGCUGACGGUCUUGUCAAAUUGUGGCAAGUUCGAACGACUGACUGCGCACAGACACUCGAUUCGCAUGAAGGAAAAAUCUGGGGAAUGGAUGUGGUUGACGUUAAUGAAAAGGUACUUCAACUGAGGACGAAGGAAAAAAAUGGCGAGAACGGAGACACAUCUUCAAAGGGCACUAUGCGACCAGUGAUGAUUACUGGUGGUGACCGUCUUGUCCUGUGGAAGGACUGCACGAAGGAAGUGAGUGAAAAGCAAUGCCAAGAGGACGCCGCCAACCGUGUACAACAAGCGGAAAUCAAAGCCCUUGUCGCCGAGGAGAAGUACGACAGAGCCUUAGCUCACUGUCUCAAGCUGAACCGACCUGGCCAGAUGGUGGAAGUGUUCAACACUUUGGGUCUUCGAGAAGCGGAAGCAGCUGUGAUGCAUCAGGAAGAACAAAGAUAUUUGCAAAAAUUGGCGAAUAAAAAGGCAGUUGAGGAAGCAAAGGCUUCAACAUCUAGGUCUGAAGAAAGUCCGAGUCGUGAGGAACGAGAGGACGAGAAGGCUGCCUCGAACGAGAUUUUCGAUGAGUUGCGUGCCAAAGCUGCCGCAGGUGAGGAAGACAAGCAAGUAGAAAACGAGGACCAGAAAACGAAUGAAGACGUCGUUGGCAUGCCACCUGCUUCUUCACAGGAUGUUGACGAAGAAGAAGAGGACGACGACGACUUGGUUGUUGACGCAGUCGUUGUCGACCCAGCAGUAGUCUUCGGGAAAAAAGCGGCAGCUGCGCUUCAGGCAAGCAGUCCAGGAGCAUCUCAGAGCGAUGAAGAAAAGGACGGAGCAACUACUGCUACUUCUGCGGCUUCAUUACCUGCAUCCAAGUUUUCUCUUGCAUCUUGGCUGCGUAGUCUUAGCACGAAUGAGAUUGAACAGUUGGUCGACUUCCUCACUCGUUGGAACGCGAAUGGUAAGACUGCGUUGCUGGCCAACGUCGUUUUGCGUGAGCUGCUCCGUUGUCGAGAGCGCGCAGAGCUGGCUAGAGUUGAGAACUUUAACCAAGUCGCCAAAGCCAUCGUGGCCUACGCUGAUAAGCAUCGUGCGAGGUGGGAGCAGUUACUCAGUAAGACUUAUCUAGUGGACUUGCUUUUGCAAAGUAGCGGUUUCCAACUGCGUGAGGACACGGAACAGGGCAAGAGAGCUGAAAAAGCUGAGAAAACGACGAACCGAGUGCUGUUUGAAGGAACCAGUGCGGCGAGCUCACUUGGAGGUGUAGCACGAGGAAGCAGCUCUUCUACAACUAUGCAAUCUUCACCUGCAAAAUUAUCAGGUGGAGCAGUAUACCAGUCAAGAACAACUCCAGCAGCACCAUCAUCUGCUGGUGGUGACAACGGAGAAGGGGCAGUAACACCCGAGACACCAGCUGUGGCGUCUAACAAGCGACCAGCGCCAAAUACAGAGAAGGAGAUGAAGAUGCCAAACUUGAAUGGUCAGUCGGGUGAAAACAAGAAGAAACUAAAGUCUCAACCCAUGAAAUCUAUGAAGAAAGCGAAGCGAUAACGAAAUGAUCUACAUCUACAACUCACCUGAUUAUAUGCAACUUCUUGACUGCAUUGAACUGUCUAAUGUCAAUUGUUUUUAACCAAUACCAGACCUUACGCCCGAAUAAAGAUGAAGUUGAC